AUGAGGCUAAUGAUUGCCACCCAGUGGACAAUGCGGUCAAAGCACAACUUGGCAUUGUUGGAGAUCCACCCUGCAGGGCGGCGUUGGAGAUGCAAGAGCUCCCAGGCCAUGGCCGAUUUCCCCACUCGCUUGUUGUUGGCCUGCAGCUCUGAAUUCACCAUUUGGAUCAUGUGCAUUAGGUCUACCCAAAUCUUGCCUGGUUUCUUUGAGCAAGUGGCACCACUGGGCUGGGACAAAUCCUAUAGCAAGACCCUGGAGCAGUGCUUGGCUGUUCUGUUCUGUUCUGUUCUGCCUUGGGGCUGUUGA